CCAAAUCCCCUCGGUCCGUUCCAUUCCGCCACUAGGGUAAGUGGCCGCCGGUCCGCUGCCGCCGCCGCCGCCGGCCGACGCGUCCCUCUUCCUCCUCCGCCCUCCCGCCCCUGAGGCCGCAGGAUUCGAGGUACCUUCACCGCCCCGGGGCUCGACUCGUCGCCGCCGCCGCCAACGGGUUCGCAGGACGUGUGCCCCCUGACCCCGCGCGUCACUCGCCGCUCCUCCCCGUCAACCACCGCCGGCCGGAGCGCCUCCCCACUUCUCCACCGCCAGCUAGCCCCCCGCCCGCCCCUCUUCCCCAACCCUGCUGGUUCGACAAGCAGCCUCACCGUCGCCUGCUCCCUGCGCCGCCGCCCCGUUCCCCACGCAGUGCUACACAGACCUAGCAGCUUGCUACCUCUGAAGGAAGAAAACCUUGCGGCCAUCAUGCCAGCAGCACCGCCGCCGACGCUCCCUGAGGAGCUUGUCGAAGAGAUCCUCUUCCGCAUCCCGCCCAACGAGCCUGCCGGCCUCCUUCGCGCCUCCCUCGUCUGCAAGUCCUGGAGCCAGGCUGUCUCCCAUCGCGGAUUCCGGCGCUGCCUCCACGAUUUCCACGGGGCACCCCCUGUGCUCGGGUUUCUCCAUGAUUGGGACGACGAGGACAUCCCCGACUUCAUCUCCGCCACUGUGUCGCCCUUCUCCCUUGCCGUCCCAGACAGGUGGCUCUGGCAGGCCGUUGACUGCCGCCACGGCCGCGCCCUCUUCCUCUCUGAUGACCCUGAUGCUGAGGAACUCCUGGUGUGGGAGCCAAUCACGGGUUCCCAGCAGCGUGUGCCAGUGCCCGUGAUGUCUGAUAUCGGCCGCACAACCGCCGCAGUGUUCUGCACAGCAGACGGGUGCGACCACUGCAACUGCCAUGGGGGCCCUUUCUGCGUUGUCUUCGUCUUCUCCGUCGACAGCGAAGAUCCUGACGACGGGGAAUAUGACACGGCGGCAUGUGUAUACUCGUCAGAGACCGGUGCUUGGGGCGAGCUGACCUUGAUGCAUGGGGAGUUCUACAUGCAUUUCACAUAUUAUUCCAGUGUGCUUGUUGGGGACUCUUUGCUCUACUUCGUGACUGAUGGUGGGUUGAUCCUGGAGUAUGACAUGGCAAUGCAUGGGCUGACUUGGUUCAAGGCACCAUACUCUUGCUACUCUAAGGGUAUACCCAGUUACAUUCUCAUGCCGGCGGAGGACGGUGGAUUGGGACUCGUUGAAGAAUUGGAUCCGCAUCUGCAGUUGUGGUCAAGGGAGAUGACUGAUGCCCGAUGGAUACCCAGCCGGAUUAUCAACUUGGGAAGUUUGUCUCUAAAUGGUGCUCAAAUGGGUGCAGUAUGUCCGGUCCACGUGUUGGGCUUUGCGGAGGGAGUAAGCGUCAUUGUUGUGACCACGGCUGCCGGCCUCUUCACAGUUCAAAUACAAUCAGAGGAGAUAACCAGGGUGUGCGAUGAUCAUGGAUAUGGUGACCUGAUUCCUGUUGUUGGCUUCUACACUCCUAUGCCCCGAGUGGCAGAAGCGGAAGCAUAAGCUAGUGGGUCGCAUUGAAGAUGGUGAAUCCUGGAGUGCGGCCUGAUCGACAGAGGUGGAGUUGGCCUCGUAUGUUCCUCACAAUUUUGUGCCAUCUAUCUGAUCUUGUCGUGGGUUGAGGAUCUUGUUAAGCCACUGGGCCUUUUGGUCUUUUCCUUGAAAUUACACCAAACAUAUUGUUUUAUUUUCUCUUGGAGCCACCAUGCUUUCUCAAAUAUGCACAAUCCUCACUCUGAACCCACCUAUUCUAGGACAGGCUGUGCCAGAUCUUCUCAAUUCUGGAGAGCCUUGCAUGCCAUAAAAAAGAUGGUUUAAGUCAGGGUUGGCUUAUAUGGGUGGGAAUUUCUUUUUAGACAUGAUGUCUGGCUGGUGGACACACCUUUAGGAAUUCAGUUCAGUACCCUGUUUUCUUGUUGUGACUUGUGAGCAACAAAAUGAGGUGGUUUUAUCCUUGGUGAAUGGGAACUACUUCAAGGUUUGCUUCCAGUUAGCGGUGUGGUGGCUUUAGCUGGUGGUUUUCAUUUUGUCCAGAGUAUUUUGUCAGCUUGCGACGCGCACCUUUUAUUUUCUGGCUGUUUUGCGGGAUCUAUCUGGUGUUUCAGAGCGUCGAUGGCCUCGUAAAGCUUUCAGUAAAAGCUGGGCCUUGGGGUCUUUCCUGUAAAAUACACCAACUGUCAUUUCAUUUUGUUCUCUCAGCCAUACAUGCACACUCAUCUGGACACUCACAAAUUAUAUAUGCUCUUAUCAAGUGCGCAAUCCAGGAAUGGACAAUAUAUAAUAGUUGUGCUGCAGCUUAAUAGUAGUGUUUACGUAUCUGAAUAGCAAGCAGUAAGUCAGGUUUUUCAGAGUUAACAGGCUAGGUAGGUAAGGAUGAAGCAACAGCUGUAGCAACGUUUUCUUCUCAGGUCCUUGCUUGCUACAACUGAACUGCAUUUUAACAAUUAAGUUUCAGCCCUGUAAGUAAAGUCGACAGCAGGAGGGAACGAAAACAGAGGAGGCGGGUGGUGCCCCCAACGCCGUGUUUCAAAUCUUGGACCAUAGCUUCUUCCUCAGGGUUCAGGUUUGUCAGCCUCUUGACGCACACCUGCGUAGAAAAACCCAAAUCAUCCAUCAUCCACAUGUAAUGUACCAUGUUUAAAGUCAUGGAUCACGACCACUGGAUGUAAUCAAUUUCCUCUGAAAUCGUGGACCAUAUGCGUCGAGACUCACUGCCGGUUCCUUUUGUUGUUUGGAUGAAACAACCAAUUUAACUUCUGAAUGCAGAUUUCUACAUUCAUCCUUGGCUGUGAAUUGUUCUGCAUGCAGAAACACAUCAAUCUAAAAUGAAAGACUAGGAAAAUGAUGAACAAGGUAAUUUCUACAUUCAUCAUGAAACUCGGAAAAUGAUGAGCAAGAUAUGACUGCUCAGUAGUUACUUUGAGUCUGUUGGUCGACAGUUAAAAGCCAGCAGAAACUCUGACAGUUGAGACACAAACAUUAUCAUCAUACAUACUCCAGAAUGUCCACCCUUCUCCAACGGCGGUACCGAUACCUCUCUAACAUUACGCAUGUUGCUCAGCCUCGUGCAUCGUGGCUCGAUGCGUUGCGUUCCACGGUUUAACAUUCUAUCUAACAUGACGAUUACAGAGCUGCUUUGAUCUGGACUCUUGGAGUCACCAUGGUUUCUCAAAAAUGCAUAAGUCUUUCUUGACAUGAUGUCUGGGCAAGGCUGGCUGGGGGGCACACCAUUAGAAAUUCAGUUCAGUACCCUGUUUUCUUGUUGUGACCUGUGAGCAACAAGAUGGGGUGGUUUUAUCCUUGGGGAAUGGGAACUACUGCAAGGUUUGCUGCCAGUUAGUGAUCUGGUGGUUUUCAUUUUGUCCAGUGUCUUUUGUCAGCUUGCGACGUGCAACUUUUAUUUUCUGACAGUUUUUGUGUGAUCUAUCUGGUGUUGCAGAGCGUCGAGGGCCUUGUAAAGCUUUGAGUAAAAGCUGGGCCUGGGGGUCUUUCCUCUCAAAUACACAAACUGUCAUUCCAUUAUCUUUUCUCUGCCACGCAUGCGCACCCAUCUGGACACUCUUAGUCAGAAAUUAUAUAUGCUCUUAUCAAGGGUG